UUCUCUCUCUCUCUCUCUCUCAGCGAAGAAGAAGAAGAAGAAGAAGCUUUUUUGUUAUGGCUGCUGAUGUUAGUUCUCUGGUUCGAGUACUAAACCGGUACAAGGAUGAUCGGACGGCUGGAAAUGAUUCAAAGUCGACGACGUCCUCUCUGAUCACCCAGGACUUGCUUGGUGGUGGCGCUGCAAGUGAUCAAUCUAUAAAGAAUGAGUUUCCAGAAUUGGACCUGGACUUGCAAGUCCCCAGUGGCUGGGAGAAGCGUUUAGACUUGAAGUCAGGAAAGGUGUAUUUACAAAAAUGCAAUUCACCAAAUGCACCUUCAUCAUCAGAUUACAAGCAUGAACAAUCCAAUGAAACAGUGCCAAAGCUUCAAGAUUUAAAUUUCCCGCCGUCGCCGUCGUCAAAACCCUUAUUAAAUCUCUUCGAUGAAUCUUCAUUGGAGUUGAAAUUGGUGUCAUCUUCCUCACAAUCCUCACCACCAACCAAUGUUUGCCAGAGCGUGUGCACACUAGACAAAGUAAAAUCCGCGCUAGAAAGAGCGAAGAAGGAGCCUCAUAAGAAGCGAUUAUCAUCGAUGUGGAAUUCACCUUUGCCCUUAUCGCCUUCAUAUUCGUCGUCGUCUUCAUCUAUCAGAGAUUCGAAAGACAAAGAAGAGGAUAUAAUUGAAGAAAAUAAGUUUUUAUCUUGUUCGAUUUCUUCCCCGGUAGCAGCCGGGUGCCCCGGAUGCCUAUGUUACGUGUUGAUAAUGAAGAACAAUCCUAAAUGCCCUAGAUGCAAUUCAAUUGUUCCAUUGCCUGCAAUGAAGAAGCCUCGAAUUGAUCUCAAUAUAUCCAUGUGAGAGAGGUUGAAGAAAGGUUUGAAAUUAUUCAAUUAAUGUUUAUGAUUUUGUAAAUGAUAGAUACAUUAAAUAAUUAAUUUGCAGUUUAAUUAAAUAUAUA